AUCAGAACCGCGAACACGAUGGCCCGAGGUGGACGCGCCGUGCCACCAGCCACGCACCAGACCACGGGACUAUUCCCUCGUCUGCUCUGCCUUUACGCACAUCUCGCAGUUGCCGCAGCCUCCGACUACGGCAUCCCUAUCGAAAUAAAACUCUGGGACACCGGCCGCACACCCCUCGCUCAUAUGGUAGAUGUCACGAACGGUUUUGGUUUAAAAGUGCUCGCGGAACACAACUUUUUGAAUGAUAAUAACAUAGCCUUCUCACCUUAUGGCCUAAUGGGCAUACUAGUGGCGCUGUUUGAGGGGGUUGACGGGGAAUCCUCGUACCAGAUCCAGCGUGCGAUGCAGCUGCCGUGGAAUCGGAACGUCAUGAGGAUAGGUUUUAGGGAUAUACAUCGCACUUUAAAAACCUAUUUUGUACCAGAAGAAGGAUUCUUGGCGGGAUUAGCAUUAAAUAAUGAAAAUGUUACAUUUAAUGAUAAUUACAAGAAAGUAUUGCGGUUUUACGGUUUCGACCUCGAAGGCGAUCAAUUGCCUACUUUUCCUCCGGGAACCAACAGCACAAACGAAACUACCACUGCAUCCACAGGCACGGCUGAUGGAACGACAGCAAUGAGACCAGAAGCUGCUACAACAGGAACGCCCGCCACAGAGGCAGGCCCCACUCGUGAAGAGGGAACUACAGUUCCAACGAGAGAAGAAACAACUACCAAUCCUAAUGCGGAGACUAUAAAUGACGUUGAUGUCCGAAUUCCUGAAACUUCUACUGCUAGCGCGGCCGCGUCUAAUGCUGAAAGUACUCCAACCACAAACACUGUUUAUCAGACAACAACACAAACUCCUACCACUGAAACGGCAAUAAUAUCGACAAUAACUACCAAUGCCGAUGUUCCCACAGCGGCUAUGACUUCAACUUCAGCUCUAGUUACAGAAUCAACUGUUUCACAGACUGCAUCUUCUACUGUAACACCAACAGAUGAGCCUACAUCGAAUAAUGAAGUGGAUUCUAUGACCACGCGCGAAUCAAGCGUGCCCUCAUCGACUAUGACUGAUGCAGCCACUUCUACAACAACAACUAUCAGUGAUACAACACCAACAGAAAGUUCGAUACUGACAAUGGUUACUGAGACUUCGACUGACGGUAUGUCCGCAACUGAAACCGUGGAUUCAACUACAAUCACUGAAUCUACAAUAGAGAGUCUUGAAAGACGUAAAAGAUCGAUCGUGGACUUUAUAUUUACGAAUCCACCAUAUAUCGACGACUAUUUGGUUUAUAAGUCAUACAAUGUUGACGCUGGGUUGCAACCAAUAAAUUUUGAUGAUGAAAAGAUGUUCCUUGCAAAUGGUUUAAGAAAUGUACAGGUAACAUACAUGCACUACGACACGAUUCUGGAGCACGCAUACCUACCACACUUGGAAGCUUCGGCCCUGCGUCUUCCUUUGGACAGCGACCGAUACUACUUACUGGUGGUGCUGCCGUCGAGGGGCGGAGUCCCUGAACUGGGGCGACUGCUGUCGCGGAUGGCUCGGGAGUCAGACCUCUCAGAUGUUUACGAGGCGCUUAGGCCGCGCCGUGUUCGUGCCAUAGUACCCAGCUUUACCGUGAAAGGACACGUCACUCUCACCACGGACUUGCAAAAGCUGGGCGUUCGGGACGUGUUCGAACCUCGCCAGCGGGACUUCACGCCCAUGACGCGCCAGCCGGGGGUAUACGUGCGGAGUAUAGAGCAAGCUGUCUCCGUGGCCAUCCGCAAAUACCGCCCCGACGAUCAGAAGAAGAACCGUUACGUGCACAACCGGCAGCCGGUCCGGUUCCUGGCCACAUACCCGUUCCUGUACUUCGUGAUGGACAGCAGCAUUCAUGUGGCGCUCAUGGCCGGCAAGAUGGUCGACCCGCUCAAUAACAGAAUAUUAUAGUUGUACAUAACAAAA